AAAAAUAUAGUAACCCGUGCAUGUGCGUCCGCUUGCCGCCAUUUUGAAACUCUGUGGAUGGGAAAUUGUGAAGCACAGUAAAACUAAGUGAUAUAUGGAAGAGCACGUUUGAAUUAUAUAAUUUCAUACAACUUGUAGCAGUUUGGAUAGAAAAAGAUGAGUGAUAUCGAUCCAAACAAGCUUAAAGUUGCCGAAUUGCGCGAGGAGUUGAAGUCGCGUGGGUUAGACACCAAAGGAACAAAACCGGUAUUGGUCAAGCGUUUGAAAAAGGCAUUAAAUGAGGAAAAGGGAGGAUCGAUUGCUGACGAGUCUACUGACUCGGUUGCUGAUGAAUCGCAAGAGGCAUCAACACUAGAUGAUAGUUCUCUCCAGGAGUCUCCCACCAAAAAUGAUCAAACUGAAAAUGCACCAGCACAAGAAACUCCUGAAAAAUCAGUAGAGGCACCAGCUGAAGAACCUAAAGCAGCUGUGAGGAAGGAACCAGAAUCAGAUGUAACAGAAAAAGUGGCACCCGUUCAGGAAAAAGUUUCUACAACUGAAGAAGCACCUGCCCAGGAGAAGAGCCAGGCUUCUGAACCAAUCCAGGCCAAACCAGAGUCGGUCAAAGCUGAAUCAAAGACGGCCAGUCCUGAAAAAGAGCCAGCCAAAGCAAAUGAAGAGCCCAUGGCAACAGAUAGUGAACCAGUUAAACAGGAGGAGUCACAAACAGCCAAUGGUGUUGAUGUAAAGAAAGAAGCUGAUGAAGAGAUGAAAACUGUUGAGGAGCUUUCUGAUGAAGAUAAUAAGAGACACGGUAGGAAGAGAUCAAGGAGUCGUUCUCAUGAGAGGCACCACUCCAGGGAGGAUCGACAUCGUUCCCGAUCUCGCUCUAGGUCAAGAUCUCGUGAGAGAAGGCGAGCCUUCAGUCCCAAGAAGGUCGAGAUGGAGGAUGAUUCCUGGGAGUCUUCCACUGAUGUUAUACUGGACAGAUUCAACUCCGAUUUGAGCCUGAAAACAGAGGAGGGAAAUUUGUCCGCUGCACCAUUCACUGAUGGAGGCUUUGCUAUGAUGUGGACUGGAGUAAGGGCUACCUAUGGAGUCAAAGGUGGAAAAGUAGCUUUUGAAGUUAAGUUGACAGAGAACUGUGAUGUGAGCCACCUGCCCCCUGAUGAGGUCCACCCCAAUGUUCUACGAGUGGGCUGGUCCACCAACUCCUCUUCUAUGCAAUUAGGGGAAGAAGCAAAUUCUUUUGGGUACGGGGGAACAGGAAAGGCAGCCACUGAGUGCAAGUUUGUUGACUACGGACAGCAGUUUACUGCAGGGGAUGUUAUCACUGCAUAUUUGGACUAUGAAAUGGACCCCUCUGAAAUCUUCAUCUCUUACGCUAAAAAUGGAGAUGAUCUAGGAGUUUGUUUUCCAGUUGAGAAAUCCAAAUUAGAGGAGGCAUUAUUUCCUCACAUUCUGACAAAGAAUGUUGCAUUUGAAUGCAAUUUUGGGGCAUUGGAAGAACCAUGGUUUCCCCUGAAAGAGGAGUUCACUUUUAUUGGGAAAGUCCCUCUGGAGGACAGGGUUCGGGGCACAACACCGCCAGCUAAGAAGGAGGAGUGCGAGGUCAUUAUGAUGAUUGGACUUCCUGCCUCUGGUAAAACAACAUGGGCAGAAAAACUCAAGGCUAGUCAGCCAGAGAAAAUGUACAAUAUACUCGGAACUAAUCUCAUCAUUGAUAAAAUGAGGGUGAUGGGAUUACCAAGGAAAAAGAACUACGCUGGAAGAUGGGAUGUUCUUAUUGACAAGUCCACCAAGUGCUUAAAUAAGCUGCUGGAAGUCGCUGCAGGGAAGAAACGGAACUAUAUCAUUGACCAGACAAAUGUGUACGCAUCCGCCCGAAGACGUAAAAUGCAGCCUUUUGAAGGUUUUCAACGUAAAGCAGUUGUGAUUGUUCCUACUGAGGAAGAUUAUAAAACUCGAUUAGAACUGCAAGGAAAAGAGGAAGGAAAAGAUGUACCUGAACACGCCAUUCUAGAAAUGAAAGCUAACUUCUCACUACCUGAGGAAGGAGUCCUGUUUGACUCGAUUGAGUAUGUAGAGCAAGAAUUUGAAGCUACAAAGGAACUCGUAGAAAAAUACAACAAGGAGGGCAAAGACAACCUACCCCCACAACAGAAGCGCUCCAAAUUCAGCGACAACAGACAUGAUCAGAUCACAACUGUGAACCGUAUUGUAGGUCGGGAUAAUCGCAAUAGAAGAGACAAUCGCUUCGGUGAUCGGUUUGGAGGCCCUGGUGGUGGUGGUGGCUUCCGUGGAGGAUGGAGAGAUAACCGCCGCGGUGGUGGUGGUGGAUGGGGAGGCGAUAGACGAGGAGGGGGAGGAAGAUGGAAUGACCGCAGUGGUGGCGGUGGUGGAUGGGGAGGAGGUGGUGGUAAUCGAGAUAGAAAUGACCGCCGCUGGUCAGGGGGAGGAGGAGACAGAAGGGAUAACAGGGACCGUUAUGGAGGGGGUGGUGGCAGAAGUUAUGGAGGUGGUAACUAUGGAGGAGGAGGAAAUAAGUGGGGUAACCAAGGAAACCGUGGAGGAAGCUGGAGUGGUAACCAAGGAAGCUGGGGAGGUCAACAAAACAGAAGUUGGGGAGGUCAACAGGGAAGUUGGGGAAACCAGAGUGGAGGCUGGGGCAGUCAGAGUCAGUGGAACCAGGGCUCUAACCAAGGAUACGGGCAGUGGAAUUAUGCUCAGACUGCAGGUCAAUCAGGCCAGCAACAGAGCUGGGGGAGCCAGGGUUACUGGCCACAGCAGCAGCAACAGUACGCUGCUAACCAGCAGUAUCAGCAGAUGUGGUACGGUGGCCAGCAACCCCAGCAAAACUACACCACCAGCGGAGGUGGUGCAGGUGGCACCAAGUAGAUCUCAAGGGAAUGGUGCGGGCAGCUUUCUUCUAGGUGUUGUUGUCAUUGUUAGCAGUCUUCAACUGUUCUGUACAUAGAAGAUC